AUGGCGCCUCCGCCUCAAGCAAUGCUGCAACAGAGCACAUUGAGCAAUCAGAGAUGGGUUAAGGCCAAUCUCAUAGUCGAUGACGGUGGUGACACCACUCUGCUCAUCCACGAGGGCGUUAAGGCCGAGGGGUUGUUUGAGAAGAACGGGACUCUUCCGGACCUAGCUUCCACCGAUAAUGCCGAGUUCCAGAUUGUGUUGACCAUUAUCAAAGAUGGGUUGAAGACAGAACCCAAGAGGUACCACAAGAUGAAGCAAAGAUUGGUUGGUGUGUCUGAAGAGACAACCAUUGGAGUUAAGAGGCUUUACCAGAUGCAGGCCAAUGGUACCCUCUUGUUCCCUGCUAUUAACAUCAACGACUCCGUCACCAAGAGCAAGAUCUGA